AUGGAGAGGCGAAGAAGCCUUAAUAAAAAGCUGCUCUACAAAAAAACGCCAAUCAACAAGCCAGAAAUAACUACAAGCUUGUCUCCUUUAAAAAGAACAGCGCUCUCUGCUAUUAGUUCAACAGAUAAUUUGCUAUUAAAAGAUAUUCUCAUUAUAUAUAAAUAGUCCUCAUCACUAUUCAGAUAUUAUCCAUUUUAAAGGAAAUUUAAAUAUGAUUUUAUUUAUUUUUUAUUAUUUUUUCACUAAAUAGCUUAAAUUUGAUGCAAAUAAAGGAUUUCGAUCCACGCCAAGUGGGCUGGUAACUUCACCUUUUUUUACAAACAAGUGAAACGAAGUCUUCAAGAUUUUAGAUCCGUCCGGAACUUCAGCUAAACCAUUUGUAGAGCUGACUAGUAACCCCUCGGAGAAACACUAUAAAUCUUAUGAUCCCUCAAUUGUGAAAAAUCCUGUUAUUGAAAAAAAAUCGUAUAUCUGCAACUCCCGAGAAAAUUUGCAACGAUCUCCGCGUAAACUCCCACCGAUAAAGCUAGGCGAUGGCCUAUCUUUUGUGCAUAAAAUCAAAAACUCAGAUGCGGAUGCUUUGGAUAAAUUUAUUAAACACCGAUCAAGUGUGUCCCAAUUUAAGCCGGUUUCACCUGAAAAACUGAUCAGAAAAAAUACCAAUUCAAACUUACCUUUUUAGGAAAAAAAUAAUUUUUUUUUUAUUUUUUUAAAAAUAUUUAAUGAAUUUAUAUUUAAAAUAUUAUUUAAGGAAGUUAGAUUUAUUUAAAUUUUCAUUCCUAAAUGAACAAAAAUCAAAUAAGCCUCUACAUAAUGGCCUCUCUACGAAUUUACUUUCUGAUAUUUCUGAAGAAGCAGGUGCAACAAUAGAAAAACUACAAGCGAAAACUACCACUAAUAAAGAAACUAACCCCAUUCCUCGUGAGCCUACUUUGUAUAAUAAGCUUUAAAUGAGCAAAAUUUUUUUUAAUUUAACGAUGACCCCCCUCAAUCUUCAUGCCUAUUGCAACAAAAAUGCAUUUUUUAAUAUAAAAAAUUUUAUAUAAAAAAAAAAUAAUAAUUUUCAUGUCUCUUGCAACAAAUUAUAUAUAUUAAAAUGGCGACACGUGUCAGCCUGCCCUCUUGGCACAGCAUUCCAGACCUUAUGGCUAAUGCGAACUGGGACGGACCCCGAGCCGAGAAUCAGACGCAGACUCAAGAAGUGUAUAUCCGGGCAGGUUUUGGCUGCUUUUCUGUGGUUGGAAAUAGAUUAGCUCAACAACUUCCUUUUGAUCCGAGGACCCAUGGGCAUUCGUCUACCGAGAAACUGGGGUUUUUGCCCAGGCCACAGGGGAACAGUCUUUUUCGUGUAGCUGUAGAAGGAAGUUACUUUGACACCCGAUAGACUCUAAGGAUCCUUGGAAUCAAGCUACUCCAAUUGCCCGUAGCAGGGACGCAGAAAUCCAUAAGCCGCUCACUCAAGACUGAAGCCGCAAGGCAAGGAGGAGACAGAAGGUAUCGGAAGGGCACUCGUAAGAGGAAUAGACCCUCUGGGCUGGAAUCGAAAAGCGGUAGAACCUUCUGCACGGGAGGUCUUUGGUGACUGUGAUACCAAUAUGGCUAGCGCCUGUCUGUAAUAAUCCUAAUCCUCUUGCAGCAAAUUUUAGAUGCGAAUCUUAAAUUUUUCUGUACUUUUUAGCUAGAUAAGUUUAAUAGAAUGGCGAGCAAUGACAAUAGCCGUCCAAAUCUCGAUGAGAAGGUCAUUGGCACGCCUACAGCAGCGCUGUUUUAUAGGGUUUUUGAGAAACUCACCUAGAGAAAAAAUGCAUUAAUUCUUUUUAUAAAAAAUUUUGUGUUGCAGUAGGCAUGAAAAUGUUGCGUUGCAGUAGGCAUGAAAAUUUUUUCGAAAAAUUUUUGUUGCAGUAGACAUGAAGAUUGAGGGGGGGGUCAUCGUUAUUAUAAAAAUAUAUUUUGAAAGUUGCAUUCUAAAUAUACAUUUUAUAAAUUUAAUUAUUUUCAUAUUUAUUAAAUCUGGAUGUUGUUUAAAUUUACCAUCUCCAUGAGUGAGCAAAAAUAUUUUGCUCAGAUACUUAAACUAAUUUAGAUUAUAGAAAAGCUUCCUGUCGGGAUAUGAAGAUCCUUAUUCCCUUCUGUAACGCUCCAUUCGUCUGUUUCGGCGGCAAUCGUCUCACGGCCUUUAAAGUCUUGCUCCUACCAGAUAUCGGGCUUGCACAUGCUCCCUGGUUUGGGUCAUCGUGCAAGGAAUUUGGCUUCUAGAAAAUUCAAAAAACAUAUUUUCUGGCCACCUUUCGGCCAAGAUGAAAAUUCGUAGUCCAGGAUGCAAUGCCUAGUAUCGUGCUAGGAAACGUUCCCGAUCGACCAGAGGAGCAUCACUGGUAUUGCUUGGGCACCCCUUUUUAACUCAGAACUCUAGGUAAACAUUGGCCUAGAUGUGAGCCUGCGGUCCGCCACCCGGACAUUUCGCUCCACAAAACCAAGUAAAACCUGGCCGGAUACAUUUACCGAACGCCAGAACUCCCUUCCACAAGGUUCCUGAGUUUCUUCAUCUACAUAUUUUAGGAGGUUGUGUUGAUUCGCCACGCCAUUUUUAUGUAUAUAUUUUGCUCAUAUGCAAAGUGAGUAACUUACUUAAACGAUUCAACUGAUCAUAAGCGACAAGCCCACUAGCAUUUGCCUCAUCUUGGCUCCAAAUUAGCAUCCUCCCUCGCCCCACUAGAUAAAAGCGGGAAAGGCCAUUUUGGAUUUCCGAUCUGAACCACUUGUCCAAAGAAUUAGUUCCCUAAGGCAGUGCCACUGCGUGUAGAGUGCCCUUAUAGUCUCAACGAGGGAUGACCAUGUGGUAGGCAAAACCUUUCUAGCCUAUUUGGCGGGCACAGGAAAACCUUCGGGGAAAAACAAAACUUCCCUCUUCUACCAAGGCUUUUCCAAACCUGAAGGCUUACUUCAAAAGAGACAAAGGGCCUGUUUUCAGAUAGUUCUUACCUGCUCCAUAGGGAGUGCGCCUCGGAGACUAAUUUCUGUUAACUUCACCAUUUUAUUUCUAAAUUGAGUAAAGAAUUUCAAUUCCAUAAAGAAAAAAUAAGUCGAAAACGAUUAGAAAGAUCAUCAGAAAGUAGAAUUGAAAGAAAUUUCGAAUCAAAAAAAGAUACACCAGUGAACGAAUUAAAGAAAAAAGCAAAAAUUCCUAUUCACGUUUAAAUUGAAUGCGCACAAAUACACUUAAAAUUUCUAUGAAGACAAAAAAUAAAGAAUAUUUUACUUAUAUAUUGAUUUGCAGCAUAGUAUUCCCCCGCUAGCUUUCAAAAAAGGCAAAUUUAAAGAGGACAAACAACUAAACCUGAGUAAGCGAUCUGGCUUGGGAGGGUGGGGGGAAGACGUGGCAACUGAUUGCCUGGAAUUAUCAUAUAUUAUAGAAAAUCGAUAUUAA